UUAUUUUUGAUUCUGGAAAAAACCACAGUUCGAUUGGUCGAGUUUAUUUUUACUAGUCGGCAUGUGGUGUUGAAACUAUAAUUAUUUAUUAUUAAAGAAUACUAAAGAAAUGUGUUUUAUUUAAACUGUGUGAAAAACAAAUAAACUUUGUGACGUUAUCAAUGUCAUGGAAUAUUGAAUGAGGUGAAAAAAUCGAAUAGAUAUUUACGUAAACUCUAUAAGAUUAAACCAUGGAACAAAACUCAGAGGACAAUCUUUUGGAGAUAAUGGACUUGGCACGCACUUUGCGCCAAGAACAACUAUUCAUACAGCAGGAACAGGCGGCCUUCGGUCAAUUCACUGAAUCAUUGUCUGAGAACUCGACGGCCAUAACAAAGUUGGCUUACAUUUGCGCUCAACAAAGGCAAAAUCUUAACGAUUUAAUCACGUCACGUCCGGAGGUCGGCCCCAGUAUUUGCUGUCGACGUGCAAAAAACUACGAAAAUGCUAAGUAUAUAGAUGCCAAGAAAGUACUGGACUAUGAGCAUGCCAUUUCCUACGAAGAACUGUUUAAUCACCUCUAUCGCUCACCUUAUCUGCUUGCACUUUCACUGGCCACCGGCGAUCGCAUUGCCGAGAUAACACCGCAGCACCUUUGCUAUGUCAUACACACCAUUUCGGCAGGCCUUUAUGGUAAUGCCAUUAACACAAAGGAUGUGGAAAUGAUUUUAAAACUACUAAGGGAACUUAUAGAAAUUCAAAUUGUCGUUAGUGAAAAUCCACGUAAUUUGCUCCGUGCAAAUUCAUCGGCAUUUGCGCGUCUUUAUCAUCGCUUAAAUGAGUCAAUGUUUUCGGCAAAAAUCUUUCUUACGGCAGCAUUAUUUGAACCAAUAAUGGGUGUGUUGAGUGAUAUUGAUAGCGUAUUAGAUGUGGAUCCCAGUAAAGUGGUGGAGAACUUUAGCAGUAAAGAGCGCUUGAAAAGAUUUGGCGCUGAAGACUCGAAUGACUACCAAGAUAACGUCAAUAAAUUCCACCAUAACACCAUAACUAAGCUUCAUGCUUUGGCAAAAUCAUUUAUUGACAGCCUAGCUUUUAAUUGGUCUUUGUUCCCGUCGACACUCCGCUGGCUGGUGCAGACAAUGUCACAUCAACUAAAGCAGUCACACUUCUCCGAUAAGAUCAUAAACGAAAUAAUCACGGAUAUGGUUUUCACGCAUUUUAUUUGCCCAGCUAUAGUUAGUCCAGAUAUAAUGGGCAUCAUCGAUGCGCCCAUACCCGAGCAGGUGCGCUUCAAUCUGAUACAAAUCGGGCAAAUUAUACAAAUGCUUGCUUUAGCCAAACACGAUGAUAUCGAUGCGAAAUUCGCUCAGAUUUAUACAAAGUUCGAAGCAAAUAGUGUUUCAAAUUUAAUCGAUUUGCUCCUAAUGAGUCAAUCAGGCGAAGAUGUAGUUGCUAUACUAUCGCAACAAAGUGACUUCGAUCGUUCACGUUUGCUGAGCACGCAAAGUGAGCUUGCUUAUUUUGUAGAAUUUUAUCGCAUCCUUAUGGCUAAUGAUGAAUUUGAUCCGCCACCUGAAGAUCGUCAGAAGUUGCAAAAAAUACUUUCACACUUGCCGGAAUCUAAAGAGGCUGGUGAACGUUUACAGUCAAGUAGUGCCGAUGCCGCCGGUUCAUUGCCAGUCAAUGGAGAAACGGGUAGCCUUAAAGAGCGCUCCAAGCAAGGUUUCAUGGGUUUGAGUAAGGCGACUAAGAGUAAGAUUGCCAAGAGUAUGAGCUUUAAUACGAACAAUACUGUAACGCAACCAGUAACCGACGGAGCAGCAUCGGCAUCCGCCAAUGUUAAUGGGCUGAUGAAUGGUGGUGUUCAUGCAUCCAGCAUGGGCCAAGAACACUUUCCUACAGCUUACCUACACGAUAAUCAUCAUCCAAACAACGGCAGUGCCGCUGCAUCGUCAAACACAUCAAUGAGCUCUAAUAGUUCAUCCCCUAUACGCGCAAUACCAUCAAAUGAUGUUCUUGAAAAUGAGCCCAUACUUGUCUUCAGUAUUUACAAUGGCGAUGAACACAAAUUACAACCGCUUACUGAAGAGGAAGUUCUGAAAAUGAAUUGCAUUGGUCAGGAUAUUUCGAAUGGCGAAGUACUCUUAGUCGAUACGGGCAGCGUUAAUUUAGAUAAUACCAUCGACAAGUCGUCCUCAGUCGCUAACGGCUUUGAUGGCAUGGACAAUAUGAGCGACGUAUUGCGUCCGUUGCAUUCGAAAACAACGCGCUUUUCACUAUCGCAUGACGAUGCCUCCAUUGGCAAUUCGGACAAUCUAGAAGCGGUUAGCGAGGCGCCAUCAAAUCAUUCUGUUACCAGUUCACUGGAGUUAGAAGAAGAGAAUGAUCAAAACGAUAAUCUCUCCGAUAUGGUGUCGGCAAAUGUGUCCGGUCGUGGCACACCAAAUAUCAGUGGCCGUGAUACUCCCUCAUCUCAAGUAACUGAUGGUGAGUCAGUGCACAAUGCACUGCCUACACCACAGAUGCAAAAACUUAUAUCUAAAGCACGUUCCGAUAUUGAAGACAAGUUUUGUAAAUUCGAAAUAAAAAAAUUUGAAGGUGAUGAAACAGUGUCUAUCAUAUCGGACACUUGGUCAACUGACGUACUGGCGAGUGAUUCCGAAACGGUGGAUGCCACUGAACGUGAACGGGAUCGCAACUUCUCCACGCCGCUUAUUCCAUCAGCAGUGGUCUUACCAGGAGACAAUAAUUUUGAUGUACUUGCUAGCGCGGGAGCAAUGCGUCCUGCCUUUCUAGAUGUUUCCGAUCAACGAUCCGAGUCCAAUUGGAGCACCGAUGUAUUGGCCAGUGACUCUGAAAAAUUUGCAGAGGUAGAUACGGACGAUAAUGUGAGCAUUACCGCCAAGUCGGAUAUAACAGAUUCGGGAGCACGAUCAGAGCAAGAGCGGGAUCAGCUGGCAGCCGCCAUAUCUGCACCACAGCCCACGCGCCGCACUUCGAAUUCCCCGCAUUAUUCGGCACGUACAGGAAGGGGUUUUCGUACCUCCACCGCAGGCAUUUACAACAGCCCAAUAAGUGGCAACAGUGGCAGCCCAGCGCUUGGUGGAUGCAUAAAUAGAGUGGUCGCCCCUAUUCGUAAAGAAGGUAAUGCAGACGUCAGUGGCGGAGUUGGUGGUGGCAGCCAUGGCAGUGGGAGCAGCGAUCACUCCCAAGAUGACUCUGCCUUUUAUGAUGCAGCGAAUUUGUAUGACGAAGCAGCAGCUGCGGUUAAAGUCGAGCAAGAUGCCGCAGAUAGUGCACCUUACGGGGGACUUUCAUCUUUGGCACGUAGCUCUGUACGCACAAGCUAUCAGUAUAGCGGCGAAAAUAAUUUCCAACAAGAAUACAAAAGUAGUAGUUGUAAUUCCGAUAGCAAAGAAACAUUUUUGGGUGCGCCACACAUGCGCCGUCAAACAUCAGCUGAGAGCAGCAUCUCAAAUCAGAGUGUAACAUUUGAAGAUGCAGCAAGUGCUGCGUGUGCCACUGCGAGCAAACCGCCCAAGCCUCAUCAUAAGAGUGGUAUGAAAAAGAAGAAGCAACAUAAUAAUAACGCCCCGACUUUGCUUAACAGCAGUCCGAAAGACCUUAUUGAUUUCAGUGACUUUGGUGAAGAGGAAAAACCCUCUCUACCCUCAAGGGAGCCACCACUGGUAGAUUUGUUUGGCGAAGAAAAUGUUGAACAUCGCCACACAACAAGUGAGGCACGAAACGCAGGCUUCGAUGGCCGGCGCAAUGGCAUAAUGGCGAUGACACCUGGAGAGCAGACCGAAUCAGCUGGCGUCCAUAGCUCUGUACCAGUUAUGCGCCGUCAUCAAAGUCUUAAUUAUGAAAAUCAUGAAAUUAUGAUCAGCAAUGUUGUGAAUGCUUCGAAGCGAGUAACAAUGAUACCAACUGUAUCACAAACGGACGACGACAAAAGUCAACAACAAGAGCAGAUAAUGCUGCUGUGCGUGAAGACAGAGAAACUGCAGCUACACGAUGCGGACUCUAGCUCUAAGGAAUGUGCCACCAAUCCCUCUACUUCACGUGCCAUCCUAUCGAAUAGCUUGAGCGGUGCUGCAGUUAGCAUGAGCAGCUGCCAGAAACCCACAAAAUCCACGGGAGCUAUACCGAAAAGCAUUAGUUUCGACGCUUCGGCCGAUAAGAACAGCAGUAGUCAUAAUGACAGUGGCGCAAUAGCAAGCACAAGUACUGUUGUCGCCGGCCGUCAUCUGCCCUCUCAUCGCAAUGCUCGCGUCUUAUAUCCCAAUUUGGGCUCGCACACCUCUAGUGCCAAUAACCAUUCUGGUAUAUUUAACAAAUUGAAGCAAGGUAUUUUCAAGCACAGACGUGGUAACAAAUCGCAUUCACGUCAUUCUUCAAAUCUGCAUAACGGCAUCGAAAAUACAGUUGAUGGAGUAGCAGGUGGCGACUACACGCCACACACGACCAGCAAUCGCAGUGUUUCGUUCAGCGCUAAUACAUCGGAAAUAUCGCUCGAAGUGAUUGGUGUUGGCAGUAGUUCGGAUGGUGCCCGCAACACGCCCUUAACUGGCGCAGAAGGCGGUGGUGCUGGUGGCAUGACAGCGAAUUAUUGCGAUAUGAGUGAGGAUAUAUUGGCGAAGUAUCGGCGUAAGGUGAGCAGCUCAAGUGAGGCGACGAACUCGGAUUCGAUGGGCAAUUGCUUAGCUGGCGCGGCGGCUGCCUCAUCUACAAAUGAUUGCAAACAUUCCGAUGUGGAGCCGAAAUCGCCGAGUGCUCUACUGCAUGACAAAACGCUCGCUUUUAAUGUGAUUAAGAAGAAAAUACGGACCGUGUUGUCAAAGACUGAUUUACAUACCGGCGAUUUUCGCCAUACCACGUACACUAACGCCUCGCCCUUGCUCACAUAUCUGCAAAUACAGCUCGCACAAGCGCUAAAUUUGCAAAAUUUCCAACAAAUCUCUUACGUCUCAGAGGCGAUACGUUGCAUUUCCACACUCGAACGCAGUCAACACACACAAUUACUCGAAGAACUACAGCAGGACAUACAAAAGCGUCAGAACUACUUACAGUAUUUAAUGAGAUAUCGUCAAAAUCUACUCUUAAUGAUGGAGAAUAUCGAACAGUUCGAAACGCGUUUGCGCAGCGAAAGUGCCACCUGCAAUCGUUAUUUAAUGACCGUUUGUGUGCGUCUAUUCUUUGAGAAACGUCAGGCAAAGGUAGCAGAAUUUCAAGAGGAGUUUGCCCGUCUUACAGUUUCUGAUGACAAGAUUGAACUUAUCGAGGAAUUUAUUGAUGGUUUAAUGGAGGAAUUACUCAUGGCAGGAGGCAUACUGCAUGGCAUGCCAGAAUGGCAGGCGCAAGAAGCGCGUUUAUCAAUUGAACGUAUACUACUGACUCUCCUUUACCAGCAGGUGAUGUUUCCAAAUGAAGAUGCCGACCUGUCGCGUGACACUGUACUCUCAGAGCAUAUAGCGAAGCUGCAGCGUGUCAUUAGCCCUGCACAUCCGGCUCUUUGCAUUCCUCAAGUAUACCUUUCCGAAGCACCUUGGUCUUUUGCACAGCAACAGCUCUCGUAUAUCUCAGCAUAUAAAACGCCCCGUGAAAAAUUGCAAUGUGUGAUAAGAUGUAUUUCGAGCAUUAUGAGUCUUUUACAUAUGUCGAGUGGUCGUGUGCCAGCUGCUGAUGAUAUUUUGCCGGUAUUAAUUUAUGUUGUGAUCAUGACAAAUCCACCAUUUUUGUUGUCAACAGUUGAGUAUAUAACCUGCUUUAUCGGCGAUAAAUUAGAGGGUGAAGAACAAUUCCAUUGGACACUCUUUGGUUCUGUAGUAAAGUUUAUAAAAACAAUGGACUAUUUGGAUUAAGCGAAUUCUUACAAAGAAGCAUCGUAGCUUUUAACUAGGUUUCCAUUUAACAUUUGUUGGUGUGUAGUUUUUGUACCUAUAAACUCAAAUUGCAGCAUUUUUCUAUUUCAAGUUAUGGUUUUAAUUAUAAAAUUAUCGUCUCAACUGAUCGAAAACGACUGAUCGAAAUCAAGAACAUCAUAAAGCAAUAUUAGUGAAAAAAAACAAAGCUUUUCCGAACGAAAUGCGCGCAAGUUUAUUAUUGUUGAACUGUUAAGAUUACUUCUGUUAUAUCUGCACUAUAUACAUAACGCAACUAGUUUAAAAAAUGUUUUAUAUGAUUUAAGUAUCGAUUGUGUCGAAAUGUAAAUUACAAUUUUUUAAGGUAUAGAUUUGGGGUAAGUUCCUUUUGAUGUUUUGUUUUUUGUGCGGUAACUGUAAGUAUAUGUAGUUUUUGCGAAUCUGCACGAGGAGUAUAAUGCGAUGUAAAUAAUUGAUAAAUAUGGAAUUAUGUUAAUAUAAAUAUGUUUUGUUAUGCAAACUAAAAAUUUAAAUAAAUCGUAUCAUAUACUUAAAUACAUACUAACA